GUGGUGCUAGCGGCGGCGGUGGCGCCUGAGGUUGCAGCCCGGGGACUUUCCGGCUCCCGCGCUUUCCUCUGGCCGCUCUUGCUGGCGCUGCAGCAGCAGAUCAGAUGAGGGUUCCGCUUUUGAGGGUUCGCUGAUCCCCGCCUUGCAGCGCGCGAUCCCGGCGAUUCCUGUCUCUUGUCUAAGGUAGACACUCGCUGGCCGCAAAGCCCAGACAGCAGUCCCUCCUAGGCCGAGUCGUAAUUAGGGCAGCAGGUGAAAUGGAUUCCUCUGACUACCUGGAGGACGAUUUCUCCAAUCUAGAUGGGCUAGAUGAUGAUGUGUUCCAUUCUGAAGAUUGUGGACUUGCCAGUCAGCCCAAUGAGAUGACCUUUCCUGGCAUUUUCACCCAGAGCAAAUCUUACAACUGCCUUCUGGGGAGAUUCCAGCUGUUCCCACUUACACACUGUUGUGGCCCAGGCUCCAGGCAUGCCAAGCAGCAAGACAAGGCAACGCAAACCCUCAACCCACCCUCUUCCAGCCACGAUGUCAUGUUGCCUUGUGGAGUCACUGAAGAGCCCCAGAGACUCUUCUAUGGGAAUGCUGGGUACCGUUUACAUGUCAACCCAAUUGGUUUCUCAUUGAAUCCACACCUCCAGGAGGAACCUCGGGAGAGUCCGCAAGAACUGCAAACUGAAGUUCAGAUUGCGCGGAAGUUACAGUGCAUUGCAGACCAGUUUCACAGGCUUCACCUACAGAGGCACCAGCAGAACAGAAAUCAGGUCUGGUGGCAGAUUCUUCUCUUCCUCCAUAAUGUGGCGUUGAACAUGGAGGCAAACAGACACCGCGCAGGUCGGAGGUGAGACCUACCCGACUUCUUCCAGGUCCCAUCCAGUCUGCUGGGAGCACUGAACAAAUCCAGGGCUGAAAUGUGCAUGCCACUAGACAGAUGGGAGGUUCCUGUGAAACUGAGGACUCUUGUACAAAAAGACUUGUUCUAAAAGGACUUGCUUUCUCUCUCCGUGGCUCCCUGUCUUCUGAGGUGGAGAGCUUUGGUCCAACACUGUUGAAGAACAAUCCUCCCAUGAAGUGUAUGGCUUGUAAUGAAGACGCAAGUGAGCAAGUAGAGGGCUGGUAUAGGAAACCUCCGGUUUUAGCUGAUGAAGGGCGUACAGCAUUUUGUAACAUUGAUUGCUGGUUAUAUUUCAGGGCUGAUGAGUUGAAACAAAUGUGGGUAUCUUCCAAAUGAGACACCUUUGUUGCACAAUGGGAAAACUUUGAAGAAGAUCUGUUCAGGAACAACUGUGAAAUAACAUACAUGUACAGCAGGGCAAUCUUUAAUUCUUACAUUUUAUUACUGGAGACCCUGGUGCAAAAAAGGGGUAAAGCUUGACUAGAAAUCUCUGGAAUUCAUGAAGCCAUGAAACUGGGUUCCCUCUUCUCCCCAUCUUUAAAAACAAUAUUUUGGGAAAAAUUGAAAUAUAUGCAAUACUUUCUUAUUUAAAGGAUUACUCUACUACUUUAAGAAUAUGAAGUGUAUUGUGUUUAACUUAGAUAAAUUUGUACUGUAUGAUAUAUUUAUGAAAUUUUAAAGUAUAAAUGCCUUAAUUUUAUUCAACCCAUUAUUUCAAAUAUAUCCAGUGUUAGAGAUGAAGCUGCAGUCUACUGCCCUCAAAAGUACCUUACUUAGUUUUUGCCAGUUGGGGAAAAUAGGAUUAAUUUUCUUUAAAAAACAACAACAACACACAUUAUUGGUAUACUACAAAAACUGUAAACAUUGCAGGAAAUGUGAAGAAAGGUUUAUUAUCAGGACUUAGAUAGAGAGGCCUUGAUCCAAACAACGAUGAAACUAGAUUUGCGCACCCAGGCAGGUUUUGAACGUGACAUUUUCAAUCUUGACACACGCGAGAUAUGAGAGGGUCUCUUGUCCAGUGACGUUGCCACAAUCCUGCAGGAGCAAUAUAUUUGGCAGACUCCCAGAUAGCACUCCUGCACCAAAUACCUGAAGAUGUUCUGCAUUCUGCAACAUUUAGUAGUCUUUUUUCCAACAUCUGAGAGUGUUCCUCAUUUAGCAAUUCAGCCCAAAUUAGUAACAGUGAUAUGAUUACUAACACUACUGUAUAAAAGGUAUCUUUGAUCUAAGAAAAUAAUACCAUCACAAACAGAUUCUACCAGUAUGAUUUAUAAACCCUACUUUUAAAGAAGUUCACAACCGUUGUGAAAGAAAAUUAAUUUUUUUAAUUCAGUUUUUCCCAAAAUUUCUAAUUUUUCAACUAUUCCUUUUGGGGAAGAAGACAGUCUGGGAGAGAGAAAGUUCCUUCCCACAAGGUUUUCAGCUGUACCUCCACCCCAGCCUUCGUUCUACUCCAGAUUUCCUUCUACCUUUGCUGCGUCUUGCUCCUGUGAAGCUGACCUUUGCAUCAUUUGUGCUAAUUGGCAGAGCUAUUUUUUGUUAGUUUAUUUUUUAACAUUUUCCAUGAUGAUUUGGUAGCUUCCUGCUUAGAACACUGUUUUCAUCAUGUUGGAAAAUGGUUUUCCUGAACCAAAUCCAGCCUUUGGAGAGUUUCUAAUAGUCUUGAUAUGAAAACGGAUCACUUUGGAGGUGUGGUUGUGACUAUGAGACUUUGUUGGCAGACUUAUUUGGGAGGUGGUGUUUGGGCCUUCCACCAUAUAAAUAUAUACGUACAUCACCCCUUCUCAGAAUGGCUCUCGGACAAAAUUAGUUGCCGAACAAGAUUGCACAACCUAUAAUGGCCUAUGGAGUUGGUGAUGGUGUGGGGAAGAUUAUGGCUUCUUCUUUUUUAAUUAUUAAAAGACUUGUCAGAUUCAUUUUUGGCAGCCCCUUUCACUGCUGUUCUUGAUCAAUAGAAGUAAUUCUUAUCCCACAUUUUGCACAGUUGAUACCUAAAAUCCAUUCAGUAUAUCUCCAAUUGCCAGCAAAAUUGGAGGCUGUCAUGAGUGAACAUUGGUUAGUAAACAAAUAGAUGUCAUCUGAGUUCUUGUCAGCUUUGAAACUGUAUAGUACGUACAGCUGGAUCAAGGUAGCACAACAAACUAUUUAGAACAAAAGAUGUGUGCCUUCCGUUAAUAUCAAGACAUAAUUGUUAUUGUUGAAUAAUCAAUAAUACUGGAUUUUAUCCGACACAGUGGUGCCGAUAGUACAAGGACUUCUGCCUGCUCAACAGCAUUUCCUCUCCCUGCACCCCUGUCACACACCCCAAAUCUGUGCUGGGGGUUCCCCCAACCCUCUGGAGCAGAUGGGAGAGAGGGGAAGGAAGUCCCAUUGUAAAGGAUGACUUGGUUGGAUGCAACCCUUUACGUUUUUUAUUAUUGUCAGUAUUGGCUGUUGGUUAACACUGAACAAUUGUAAUAAUGCUGAUUACAUUCCUGUUUAAAAGUGUGUGUGACUGAGAAACAAGACCUGCAGUGAGGCUGUGUAAUAGGUUAGCAGACAGACACAAUCACUCCAUCCCGUCUUGAAUAUAUAAAGACGUGAGUGCCGAUCCUGAAUGAGGAUCUGGGGAACCUACAAGAAAUUUUAACUUCUCAGUUCCUGGAGAACAGCAGCAAUCUGCUGCUUAAGAUGUGGUCACAGAACAUGAGGAGCUGCACAUUUCUUGCUUCCUCUGUCCUUUUCAUGCCCUUUUAAAACUUAUAUCUCAGCUAUGCAGGCUAGAAAGACUUGGCUUGAUAUGGGUCUUCCCAAUGAGUCUGCUAUAGUGUGCAACUCCAUUGUGUUUUGUUUAUAUACCUUUACUGUUCCAAUAUUUUUCUAGUAUCAGUCUCUGGGAAGUGUACAUUUUUUAACCCUCUGUGAUGUUUUAUUAACAUUUUGUUAUUAUGACAUGCUAGAGUUGCUCUCCUCAGCAAUCAGCUCUCUCCCGAAGUGUCUAAAAGUUUAACCUGGGGGCUGGGAGGGAGUGCAUGGGUUUGUAAAUGUAUGCACAUAAGCAAAGGCAUUGCAGGGCAUGACCAAUGAGUGCAGACACUGCCACUGCAUAUAUAUAGUACCGGAGGUGGAUUGUAUGCACAGUGAUCUUUGGUGUGAGGAAUAUUUGUUCCUAUCUUCAUCUGUGAAUUGUUGAAGGGUAUACGUUUGUGCUCUGUUGUGCAUUUGGACAUCUCUGGGCAUCCUCUCAAGUAAAUAUUUCAUGCUUUAAGGCUACAAUCCAAAACUCCUUAGCCCUGGGCUAGGAGGAAUGGUUGGCAGCCCACAGAAUGCCCUGAAAUGGGGUAUUCUGGGGGCAGAGAGGACGGAAGGGCUGAGAUGGCCGUGGAUCCACAGGAUCCCAAGCCUCUCUUCUGCCACAGCCCAUGUGAUUAGCAGGGCUAUGGAUGUGGUGGUAGCCCUGCCACUACCUAGCAGAGAUUUGGAUUGCAGUGUUGGAACAGUAGAACAGUUAGAUAUUUGUGAAAGUCGAAGUUUGGAGGGACAGCUCUCAAGAUCACUUAAUCUGGACUGUUUGGAAGGUAAUGGAAUUUGGUCCCUUUUUUAUAUCUUUAGAUCUGUGCACAUUUCCAUAGAGUUAAAGCCUUUGAUUUCUUUUAUAUGUGUGCCUACUUUUUCAAGUGCAAGUUUUAGGAUGAACUGACAUUAAAAACAAAAAUCCUGCAUUCUGUACACCCGUCACCAGCAUAUUUGUCCACUAAAGGUGCUUCCAGAUGAUUAUUUAUUGUGGGAUUGGUGCUGUCAUGCAUGCAAGUUUCUUGCAGUGUCCACAUGCUAUCAUUGGGAAUGAAAUGCCACUCAGUAUUUCCAUACACACACCUCAAUUUAAUCUGGAUUUACCCUUCCCAGGAAAAAUCCAAAAGUUAAAAACCUGCGUGUUGCCAACUACCCAUCUGUGAUAUCUCAAGGAUCUGUUUGCAAAUUAAUUCCCCAUCUGGAAGCAUCCUCGGAGAAGAGCGUUUUUUUUUCUCUAGGCAUCUUUUCCUUUUGCUAUCUCUUUCACAUUUUCUGUUCUUUCUUUGUCAGUCCUUUUAAAACCUAACUUUUGUUGGAUAUAUGAAAGCCAGUAAUAGUGCUUUUGCUGCAGUUCUUGGAAACUGAGACAGCAAUCAUAACAAACUGUACUGCUCAAGGUAGCUCUCAGCUGCCAAAAAUUAGGCCAUGGUGGAGGGAGGGGAUUGGUCUUCAAGAUAAAAAGAACAGCCCUUGGGAACAUUGGCCUUUCACAAAGUGCUGAUGGUCUCUGUGCUAGUAAUGCCCUGCAGUCUAACUUCUGUGGCUACUUAUCCACUGCUACCGUUUUCUUUUGGUCUCUGUAGAUUUUUCUAUACUGCAUAGUCUUUUCCCCCCAUUGUACCAGGUCUGCCUGUCUUCUUCUGCCAACUUAAGCAGCCUCCUGGCAGCGAGUCAUCAGUGUUGCUGAAGGAUGGAACUCUCGUUUUGGACGCUUGCCCUUGAGCGAGACUUUCUCACUAUACCAGCACCUCUCCGCCACUCACAAGCUUUGUCCGUAUCUACUAGUGUAAGGGAACAGGGAGGGGGAUCCAGUACUUGCGUGGAAGGCAAUGUGUGCAACUUUGCUUUCCCUCAGAUUGGCUUGUUUUGCUCCAUGUGGAGUUUGAAUAGGGCUGUUUUGGCAUGGCGAUAAAGCCUUCGUUAGAUGCACCAAGAUGCUGUUCUAAAGAAACUGUGAGCUUGUGUUGAUUUGCAUUAAUGAGUACUUCGCACAAACAAGCACCUACAUAGUCGGUGAUUUGCAGCAAUAGCUGGCUUCUACUUUGACAAUACAGCUCUGUGGAAGUGGGCUGAGUAUGGCACUAAUUCUGAAAAUGGUGUUACAAGUUGGAUGGGCCUAGUGGAAUGCUAUAUAUGCAAAGGUUGAGAGACUCUUGAGCAUAAUGUCGAAGGUAACAGUGUCAGAUGACAAGUACUUGUGCUUAUUGCACUCCUUGAUAGAAACCACCCCACUAGCUGCAAACAAAGCAGACAAUAACUAGUAACCAUUAUUACCUGUUUGUAAGUGUGGAGAAAAUGUUGUAAACACCACCAAAAAAAUCAAUUUGUAUUUUUACACUGUGGUCAGAUUGCCAAGUUGCAGCCUACAACUUAGGGAGGUGCCUUAUACUGACUGGAACCAUUGGUCCUUCUAGCUCGGUUUAGUCUAUGCUGAUUGGUGGUGAGUCCCCAGGGUUUCGGACAGGGAUCCCAGCUGUACUCAGAUAUGUGAGGAAUUGUUGCCGUCACUGCUUGCAUGCCAAGCAUGUGUCCUUUCACCGAGGUGUGGCCCCUCCCUGUACCUUUACAAAAACAAAACCAAUGCAUUGGUAGACACUUUGCCCACCUGUUCUUUCCAUGCUGUGACCUACCCCACCAACCACAUACGCCUGCCUAUAUAGCACACCCAGACUCCAGCGUGUCAUAGCAAGCAGAGAUUGGGGUGGAGGGAGGAACCAGCGGAAGGAAGUCAUGGCUGCAGGGCCUGCCCGUUAGGGAGAAUGGGGCAGCCACCUCAGCCAGCAGAUGCUAAGGGGGGGGCAAGGAACAACAGUGAGAUAUUGGAGGAAAGAGCUGUAUAUGCUGGAUGACUUGCCCUGCAGCCCCUCAGGUGCAGUGGCGGACCCUGUCUCAUCACUAAUGUUGAAGUAGGAUUCAGCUGCCAGUCUGAAUGACAUCUGGGGAUGGAUGGAGAUGGGAGGGUAGAGGUGCCAUCUCCUUUGCCUCAGGCAGCAAAAUGCCUUGGGAUGGUUACAUGGUUGCCUUAUCACCUGAUGUACUGGGUGAUUUUCAAGGUCUAGGGCCAAUCUCCAGGUGACAACCUGGGAACCCAACACCCAACUUUUUCUGGUGUAGCUUUUAAUACCUUUUGCAGAACAGACAAUGACAUGUGAGGAUAACCAUCUUCGAGUUGGUGAGUAUUUCUUACUCCUGAUCUGCCCAGUUUUGAGUAGUGAAAGCAGAUAUCUUUGUAGUUCAUUCUCAUAUUACAACAUUUUUUAAAUGUUUGGGUAUGGGUUCAGUAACAGUCAGCAGGGCGGAACACCAGCACUUACGUGACCUGUUACUGGUGUUGGCUGCAGCUUACGAGGAAAAAAAAUGGCAGGAGCAAGGCAAUGACGAGAUCAGCACAAUGCAAGCAUGCCAGUGGAGGCAAUCUGGUGCUCCUGCCAGUGUGUUUGCACCAUGCCCACGCAGCAACACCAGUGACCGGAGAUCAAGUAAGAGCCCCCCCCCGACCAUUGCUAGUUCCACUGUGGAUGAUCAUCUCAGUAAUGGAGCUAGUAACACGUAAAGCAGACCUGGGAAUUGUUCUGAUGGCGGAUAUCACUCACUGGCAUAUUCUACCAGCAAUUUAUUCUAAUGUGGAGGGUUUUCCUUUAUUGGCGAACUUGUGGUAUCAGAACGGUUUUGUAUUUGUUGUAGUUAAAAGUGUGUUCUCUAAGUAGCUGCCUAACGACAAAAGUUAAUAAACCAAAGGUACAAUCCUAUUGCACACUUGAGAGUAAAUCCCACUGAGCUUGUAGGACUUACUUCUGAGUACAUCUGCAGAGGAUCAUGCCACAUGUCACUUCAAUAUCUUUGUGGCUCCUUCAGAACACUUCAGUGAAUCCUCAGAAAAUUAACUUUGAAAACACUGAUGCAUUCUCAAGGUGUGACUUUGCAAAUUGUUUUCAUUGUGAGACAUCUCAGUUGAGGACUCACGUGCCUUCCUAACAGCUGAUCCAUUUCAUAGCUUGAAAGACAAGGUUGACAGGGAUGCCAGCUUUUCAACUUGUAGCUGUGCCACUGAAAGCUGUUUGAUCUUUAGCUGGCAACAGUGUUUGACUUUAGCUAGUGACAGCCCAUGCCAUGAAAAGCUAUCUCUGCUGAUUUCUGCACAUAUUGGUGCUCUGAAACGUAAAGAUCUGACUGUUUUUUUCUGGUCAGUUGGCAACCCUAGUUGUCAUUCCAAUUAUUAUAAUUAAAAACAGUUUUGUAUGGUAAUUAAAAAUAAUUAAAUGUUGCUUUUGAUUGUUUAGUGGGGCGGGGAGGGAAAUACCUCAAAAAUAAUUUCUCAUUGAGCUAUCCAGAAACUCUUUCAGCAUAUAAAGCAGACAUGUGGAACCUUUGGUCCUCCAGAUGUUGCUGGACUACAACUCCCAUCAGCUCCACAAGCGUGGCCAAUGGGCAGAUAUGAUGGAAGUUGUAGUCCAAGAACAUCUGGAGGGCCAAAGGUUCUCCAUCCCUGAUCUAAAGAGUGCUUGUGAUCAUUCUGUUUCAUUUAUACAUGGGCUCAGAACUGAUACUCUAACCCUUAAGUAUCCGGAGAAAAUAGAUCAAGGGUGCUUCAAGAUGGGUGUUUAUUGUGGAAUUGAUGCUACAUAUGCAUGCAAUUUUGCAGCAUCCACACAACAUUGUCAGCAUCAAAAUGCCAUAUUUUCCCUCAGUUUUAUCAGGAUUUACCAUUUCUGGUAAAUCAAAAUGAUUUGUUUGCAAAUGAAUCCCCCAUUUGGAAGCAUCCCAAACACAUAAAAUGCACUAGAAUAUAAUUGUAUAUGUGUGUAAAUAAAGUGUGGUAUCUAAAGUUCUUCUUUUCCUCUGCCUCAGAUUGACAGGGUUAUCUGUGUUUCACAUGCCUUGCUGUUCAGGAUCUUUAUCAGCAGCUUGAGUUGCAGGGUUUGGAAGGUGAUUUAAUGUCCAUUUCCAUGGUGUAAAAGGUUGUACCCUAUUAAUUCAUUCAAAUCUAGCUACUGUUGAAAGGCACACCUGCAGAGAGUAGUUCAAAUGUUGGCAACCUGACCCUUCCCUUCCCCUCCCGUCCGAGCACAUGUUUGCAUAAGAGGUGCUUUUCCUUUGAAACUAAUUUUGGAAGUUGGCUUCUCAAAUAAAAAUCUGAGGGAAAGUUAAUUGCGCUUGAUUGAAGUCCCAUUGAAAGCAAUUGAACUUAAGUUACUCAUACCUAACUUGCCCCAUUGUUUUCUGUGGGCCUUAAGUGCAAAGCACAUUUAAAGCACAUGGCUUCCCCCAAAGAAUCCUGGGAGCUGUAGUUCAUUAAAAGUGAUGGGAACUGUAGGGGCAAAUUACAGUUCCUAGGAUUCUUUGGGGGAAGCCAUGCGCUUUAAAUGUAUGGUGUGGCUAUGACCUAAUGACGGGACCUGUAUCCCAGAAGGAGGCACUGGAGAAUAUGAAAGUCUUUUCCUGUGUGUGUGAGAUCUUUUAACUAUUUGAAGCCUUUGAAUGGGGGAGACAGGGGGGAAGUUUAGGGGUCAUAAGAGUAUGGGAUCAUUUACAUUGUUUCAAAUGCUGUUAUGAAAAUUAUUGCAUGCAGAUUUUUUUUAAAAAAUCUAAUGAUU